UCCAAUAUGAAUAUUUAUUAAUGAAAAAGGGUAUUUUACUAGUCGCAUAAAUGACUUUCUAUUAAACAUUAUUGUCUUUAAAAGAGAUAACUUCUUUAUGCUUUAUGUAUUUAUCAGUAUUUUUGAUUUUAUUUAUUGCUUCUUAUUUUUAUGUUUCAUAUUUUUAUUUGGCCUCAUCAUUUCCAAAUUAAAAAAUUAGACUCAAAUCUAUUAAAUAAAUUUAAUAUUUACUUUAGGUUGGAAGUUCUUCGCUUGUAAUAUCUUCACAUCGUGUAUAUUAGAAAUCAAAAUUUUCAGAAAAAUUACUUUAUUUUACUCUUUUUUUCUUGCCAUGUAUUUUUACAUAAGUAUAAUGGUAUGAAUCUACUUAAAAAUUUAUAUUUAUCUAUUAUUCUUUCCAUUUUUUUAUAAAUUUUUAUAAAUCUUCAGUUAGAUUUUUCUCCUAUAAAUAUAAAGGUGUAUAUCCAUAUGCACUGUCAAUUUAAUUUAAAAAAUAAAAAAAUACUAUUAUGCCAAUUAUAGGGUAAUUUACUAUUUUUAUUUUAUUUUACUUUUUAUUAUUAUAUAUUUUACUUUAAUCUAAAAAAUAUUGUAUGAUUAUAAGCAUUAACAUUGAAAAUUAUAUAAAUAAUUAAACAAUCGGAAAAUCUUAUUAAUUUAAACAAAAUAUAGAUGGUGAUUAAUAUUCAUGGACAAAGUU